AUGGAAGGUGACAGCGAGGAAGAUAUUGAUUCCAGAGAUUCACAACAAAGUUCAGACGACGAAGCAGGCGAUCGCAGCCCGGUUUCGGACGAUGGCUAUGUUGGUCUUGACUCGGAGGUUCCUAAUUCUUUUGCAUUUGCCAACGCAAAUGUCGUUCCCGCAAAUGCCGUGUCGUCGAGCCGAAAACUUGCCGAUGAUUGCAAAACCUACGACAUUGUUCCUUAUGUCGCGGCCAUUCAUUCUUGUCAUAUACAUUCCCUUGCUGCGACAAGAAAUAUGCGUUGGGUUUUUACUGGAGGCGAUGAUGGAUUUAUAAGAAAAUACGAUUUCUUUGCAUCGAUCAGCGGUAAGACGUUGCUGACGCAAAAUCAAAAGCACACACAAGUUGAAUCAGUUCAAAAGGCUGGUGUAAUAUUGUCUUAUUGGGAGAACGAAGAGAUACCUUUACCUUCGGCGGCGCCUGCCAAGUCAGAAAAGGCUAACGGAACCGCAGAAGAAGGAACGACACAGGUCACGCAGGAGCCACCAAUGCCUGAAUUAAAAUCCUCGCCGGUUUAUAGUUUAGCCGUUCAAUCCGAGGCCAUAUGGUUAUUAAGUGGUCUAGAGAGUGGCGCGAUCAACCUGUUUACCGUUAGACAUGAAGAAGGAAAAUGUCAUCAUGUAAUGCGACAACAUAAAUCGCCCGUAUCUGUCCUGAGAAUUGCUCACGAUGAAACGAGCUUCGUAAGCGGUUCUUGGGAUAGAACGGUGCUGAGUUGGGACCUGAACGUCGGUCAAGUUGUGCGCGAGUUCACGGGUCACAAUUCUCAAAUCAGUUCCGUAGAAUUCCGACCAAUCACAUCAUCAUCCGCAAAAACGUCAAUGCAAAGUUCUCCGGAACCAUUUGAUCCAUUAUUUGAUGAAUUAGAGGAGACGUUAACCCACUCCAACGACGUACUGCUUACCACGAGUAUUGAUGGCAAUUGCUUCGUGUGGGAUAAAAGAGUGGCAAAUUCAAUUCCACGAAAGAUGCCACCUCCCGAAAAGACGCCACCGUGGUGUUUAUCGGUACGUGACUGCUCCUUUGGAUCUCAGAUCGACAUGCUAAUGUGA